AAAAUUCAAAUCAAUAGAUUUGGAUUACAAACGGAAAGUUGUAGCCAUGGCAAAAGAACAUCCUAAUUGGUCGCUACAAACAUUACAGAGAAAAGGAGCACAUUAUUUAAAAUAUAAAAGAGAUUUAAAACAAUGGGAAAAAGAUGUAUUAUCUGGUGGAACGCGAUUUGACAAACUGUAUGCCAUCAAUUCUUGGACACUUGAUCGAUUUACAGAAGCUAGAGAAAAAUUCGAGCAAGUCACAACAAGAACGUUACAACAAUGGGCGAUGGCAGCUGCGCAACAAUUCCUCUCCAGCACAUUUAAAUUUUCAGCAGGAAAAACGUGGGCUGAUGAUUUUAAACGCAGAAAUAAUAUUCGGCAACGACGGAUUACCAAAUACGUUUCUGAAAAAGAGGCAGCAGAAAUGGACGAAAUUUUGGCUGUUGCGGAUAGAUUUAGGAAACAAAUCCAACCACUUUUACAAAAUUAUUCCCUAGAUUUAAUAAUUAAUACAGAUCAAACUGGUUGCCAAUAUCAGUCAACAAUUGAUCGGACAUUAGCACAGAAAGGCGUCCAAUCUGUAUUUGUUAAAAAGAAGAGUUCUUAUAAAAUUUCUCAUUCCUAUACGGCCCAAUAUGCAUUAACUUGUUCAGGAAAGCUUGUACCAAAAGUGUUUCUCUGUUUACAAGAAACUGGAGACAAAUUUGGUCCAAUAAUACAGAAGCAAGUUGAUGCUCUUGUUGUCGAAUUUGGUAAUGUCAUCGUCAAAUGUUCAAGGUCAGGAAAAUUAACUACAAAUAUCUAUAAGGACUUUUUAAAAGAAAUAUUACAGCCAUAUGUUAAGAAUGAACAGUUUUUAUUAAUAACAGAUUCUUGGGGUGACCAAACAAAUUCACAAAUAUAUGAUGAUAUUUUUGUGGAUGACGAGGAUAUUCCAUCUUGUCAAAUAAAAAUUAUUCCGUCAAAGUGUACUCUUUUAUGCCAGCCAUGCGACGUGUAUUUUUAUAGACAAGUUAGAAAUUUAGCAAAAAAUUACAAAAUUGUACAUAUCUCCUUAAAAGCAAUAGAGAAAUAGCCAAUCGUGAGGAUGCUAUUAAAAUACAAUUUUUAGUUCACAAUCAGUUAAG